AACAGCAAUUAUUUUAAAUGUUUUCUCUCAUUUUAUUCGUUUGUUUCUCUUCAUUUAUCGGCUUCUCGUCUCAACAGAGUUACGGAUGCACCUCGGAUCCUCAGCCAGACUUGAAUGGGGCUUGUCCAGAUGACUUCACAUAUAUCACCGAUAGUGGAUGUUGUCCAGAUGCUGAUUUAUACACAAUCACUACAACUGCCGCGGCAACAACCACGGUUGCAACAACAACUGCUACUACUGCUACAACUUGUGUUGAUUUGACUAAUCCUAGUACGGGAGUUAGUGAUUGCCCUGGAAUGGCUUCUUAUUGUGCCAACUCUGCAUACUUGACACUCAUGAAGCAACAAUGCCCGAAAACUUGCGGAUACUGCACAUCAUCGUCUGCCACCACUACGUCAUCUUCAUCCACUUGUAUCGAUUUAACAAAUGCUUCGACAGGGGUCAGUGACUGCCCAGGUAUGGCUUCAUACUGUACCAACUCUGCAUAUUUGACACUUAUGAAGCAACAAUGUCCAAAAACCUGUGGAUAUUGUACAUCUUCGUCCUCUUCGUCUUCAUCUUCGUCUACCUGCGCUGACCUCGUAAAUUCUUCAAUCGGAGUUAGCAACUGUGCGAGCAUGGCUUCCUAUUGUACCAAUUCUGUUUAUUUGUCCUUGAUGAAAACCCAAUGCCCAAAGACCUGUGGAUAUUGCACCUAAUCUUACAUGUUUUUUAACAAUGUCGAUGUCACAUGUUGUAAUAGUUUGCAACUCUAAUAAAAUAUUAUUCAUU